AUGGCCACGAGCGAGUCCAAGACCAAAACUGAACAGCAGAAUGCACAUCCUAGCCGCCGGGUGCGAUUCAAUGUUGGUACAAAGUACCAAGUAUUGGACGUCGUCGGAGAGGGUGUAAGUUCCUCCUUCAUGAGAACGAGACUAAGCGAGCCUCAUCUGUCUUCCAGGCUUGUCAGUGUAACGCACCAUCAUCCCUCUUUCCGUACUGAACUUCCGCAACGAAUAGAUGGAAUAGUGUGCUCUGCUUUACACAAGCCAACAAAUCGGAAGGUUGCCAUAAAGAAGAUUUCGCCAUUCGAUCACUCCAUGUUCACAUUGAGGACGCUGAGAGAGCUUAAGCUUCUCAUUCAUCUUUCAGAAACUGGCGUCAGCGAGAACAUUAUCACAAUUCUGGAUAUCGUGAAGCCAACCUCCCUCGAAUCGUUUAAAGACGUAUAUCUCAUCCAAGAGUUGAUGGAAACAGAUCUCCACCGUGUGAUACGCACCCAGGAUCUCUCGGAUGAUCAUGCGCAGUACUUCGUCUACCAAACCCUCAGGGCUCUCAAGGCUUUGCAUUCGUGCGACGUCAUUCAUCGCGAUCUGAAGCCCUCAAAUUUGCUCCUAAAUAGCAAUUGUGACUUGAAGUUGUGUGAUUUUGGUUUGGCUCGCUCCGUGAGGACCGCAGCACCUGGAGGAGAAACUGGUUUCAUGACAGAAUACGUGGCGACACGAUGGUACAGGCCCCCAGAAGUGAUGCUCAACUUUGGGCAAUACACUAAAGCGAUUGACGUUUGGUCUGCGGGGUGCAUCCUCGCGGAGAUGAUCAGCGGCAAGCCGCUGUUUCCCGGGAAGGAUUAUCAUAAUCAGCUAACACUAAUCCUGGACGUUCUCGGAACACCAACCCUAGAAGAAUUUUAUGCGAUAUCUUCCAGAAGAUCUCGAGAUUAUAUAAGAGCUUUACCGUUCUGUAAGAAGAAAUCUUUUGCGACACUUUAUCCAACUGCGACGCCGGAGGCUGUCGACUUCUUAACCCGCACAUUAACUUUCGAUCCGAAGAAGCGGCUCACAGUUGAGGAAGCUCUAGCUCACCCCUAUCUUGAGGCUUAUCACGAUCCAGAUGACGAACCAGUGGCAGCGCCCUUAGACCCCGAGUUCUUCGAGUUUGAUCUCCAUCGGGAUGCUAUUGGCCGGGAUCAACUCAAGGAACUGCUCUACCAUGAGAUUAUGGCCUUUAGGCCAUUUCCGAUCGCGCAGGCUCAGUAG